UGAAAUGACGGUCACCAACACGGUCACCGCAGAGCUUUCUUAUGUCUCUCUGCCCUCUGAUGGUAGCCAACCACUCCGAUACUUAACCAAACCACCAGAGGGUGUUCCGGUGACCAACUACAAGGAAGUGAAGCACUUGGUUCCGGUCGAAAACGUUCGCGGACAAGAGGAUAAAUUCACCUUGGACACCUCCGGGUUUCAGUUUUCACUGAAUCAGCCCACGAAAGUCAAGACGUUUACGGAUGACAAAGAGGUGGAGGAGAAGUAUUACCCAGAGAGCGUUGAGGUUAUCAAGAAAGCUACAGGAGCUUCGAAAGUCUUCAUUUUUGAUCAUACCGUCCGACGGCGCAUCGAAGGUGAAGCCGGUAUCGAAGACCCCAAAAGACGUGGCCCAGCAGCGACUGUUCACGUUGACCAAACACCUUCAGCUGCUGUCUCCCGCGCUCAUCGCUAUUUCGCCUCCCUGGGAAAUGAAGAAGAGGCAGAACGUCUUUUAAAGAAGAGAUUCCAAAUUAUUAACCUCUGGCGUCCUAUCACACAUCCGGCUGACGAUCGGCCUUUGGCGUUGUGUGAUUUUAGAAGCACCAAUCCGGAAGAAGAUUUGGUACGGGUCGAACUCGUGUUUCCAGAGAGAGACGGGGAGACGUAUGGGGUGGUGUGGAACCCAGGACACCAAUGGAAGUAUUUGAAGGGAAUGAAACUGGAUGAGGUGAUCUUGAUUAAAUGCUAUGAUUCAGUACGGGAGGAGGGGAUCGCGACUAUGACCCCACAUACCGCUUUUGCUGACCCUUCGACGCCGGAGGGAAGCCCGCCAAGGGAGUCGAUUGAGCUCAGGGCACUGGUCUUUUACGAGUGA